AUGAGUCCUUUAAAUUCCCCUGCUACGGAAGCUUCUCGGGAAUCAGAUGUGCUGCUCGAAGAUCUGAAUAAACCACAGCAGAUGAUGACCCGUCAGGAUCAGGACAACAGCCACACCCCUCGUGGCAUUGAGAAGACCGAGAAGGGUAAGCGUGCACAUGCGUGCCGAUUCCCCGGGUGCGACAAGUUCUUCACUCGGCAAGAGCACCUCAAGACAUCACAAGCUCAGACACAGGACCGAUGUGAACAUACGUUGUUCGGAUACGACUAG